AAAAUAUAUUAAAGGUUAACACUCACCUAAGGUUGGAUCAACAUUGGGCUAAUAGGAAUGUUAUGCUUAUUUUGAUAUUCUAGCCAAAUCAAUAAUUACCUUUCCAUUUCAAUAAUUAAUAUACUAUGCUACUGAGUUAUAAUUGAUGCUUUCAUUGGAGCACAGCCUUUCACACUUCAUUAUUCUUACUUUAUCCUUUAUAGUUUUUCUGAUAGUCCAGCAGCUGAAGCCGAAUGCUUUUACAAUAAAUGAUGGGGUCUGACUUUUCUCUGGAUGCUUAUUUCUACUUUUGUUUGCAUAGUAAUCACCUUUCUCUUUACUGCAAGCUCACCUGGACUUGCAGUGCACUUUCGUUUGGGGGCAUGAUAAUAAGGGUAAACACAGACUCACAAAGUAGCAUAAAAAAGUUAAGAAGAAAGUGAUGCCACGUGUAAGCAACCCUAUAAACAAUGAGAACAGCCCCUAGCUAAAGAUGCUGCCCCAACGAACAAAAUACGCCAUGUCAGUUUGUUUACAUGCAUGAAAGAAACUAGUUCCCGAACUGUUAAUUUAAUGGUUUACAUGCAUGGAAGAAAUUGGUUCCCAAAUUUAAUUAUUUAAUUAUAAAUUAUCCAUAUGAGGACCCUUGGGAGCCCAUUCAUAAGUAUGGAACAUCAUAAGUCAGGUCAUCUGUAACCUGGGGUCCGACUGUAAUUAGAUUUUUAAAAUUGUUUUUGUACUGAAGGUUUUCUGUCUUGUAUCUGUUUCAGUGAAAAGGGUAUCACAGAACCUGAUGAAUAAUAGUGCUGAGUAGGAGGAGAAUAUGUAAGAUUACACAUUCUUCUGUAUUGUCCACAACAUGAAUUACAUGUGUAGGAUCUAUAAAUAAUGACUCUAGAGGCAGGAGCAUUUUGAGGCAGGUUUUAUCCCAUUAUGGUUUCUGGCAGAUCUGAUUUCUUGCCAUCUCAGCACCUUAGGGCUGUGGAAAUAAAUUGAAGCCUAUGCAAAUGAGAAAAGCAAAGGCUAUAUAUUUUGGGCUUACUGUAUAGAAAGAGAGUAAGCCUCCAUCACCUGUGUUUCGGCAGUGACUCAAAGGCAGGGAGAUCGGUGGAAAAGCUUUAUAGGGGAAAGUAGGGGAGGCUUCAGGCCUGCCCUGCUUGGAGGCUGUUGGCAUGGAGAAGCUAGACACAGGCUAGCUAGCAGUAAGGCACGCUGUGUCAUUGGCUGGUGCUGCAUGUUUGGCUUUUUCUGGUUGGUCCUAAGUUGGAAGCAGGGACAAAAGUCAGGGCAGCUGUCAGUCAUUAAUAACUUCCUGGCCAUUGUUGCACAAGUUAUUGUUUAGCUUCCCGGAUUGUCGUCAGAGAUAGCAGUCUGACUUCUUGCCAUUCUGGUUUAUAGCAGGUUAACCUCCUGGGUUGUUUAUUGUCAGUAAGGAUGUUGAUUUCUUGCUGCAGGUUGUGAGUCAAAGUUCUAUUUUUACAUAUGGUUUUGCCAUUGUUUAUAUAUUCAGUCUCUGAAGGCUUCUGGAGAUCAAUAAGUAAUUAAUAUGGUGUUAGUCAAGGGUUAUGCAGACUAACAGAACUAAUAGGUUGUGUGUCUGUGUGUCUGUGUGUGUGUGUGUGUUUAGAGAAUGGGAGAGAGAGAGAGAAAGAGAUACUUAAAAAAUGGCUGAUGCUAUUCUGAGAGCUAGCUGGUCUAAAAUCUAUGGCACAGGCUGGUAGAUUGCAGAUUGGCCGAAGAACUAUUGUAGUCUCGAGUCGGAAAUCUGCAGGGUAGAGCAGCAAGCUGAAAAUUCAGGCAGGGAUUCUGUGUUGUAGUUUUGAGUUAGGAUUGCUUUUCUUUAGGGAAACCACAGUCUUUGCUCUUACGGCCUGCAACUGAUUGGAUGAGGCUCGCCCAUGUUAUAGAAGUUUAACCUCCAUUGCUCAAAGUCUACUUAUUUAAAUAUCAAUCACAUAUAAAAAAUACGUUUACAGUAACAACUAAACUGGUGUUUAACCAAAUGACUGUGCACCACAGUUAACACAUAAAACUAACCACCACAACCAUGUUCUAGGCUCUGGGCUUCACUGCCUGAGAAAGUAGCAUUACAGUUAUUAUUGUUUAUGAGAUUUAUUCACAGCUUUUGGUUAUCUGCAACCAUGUCUGUCUCUGUUAAUGUGGUUCAUACUGAGAUGAUGAUUCAGUGUUAAAACACUUUGUCCUGCCCCCUUCAUAGUCUGUCUGGCUUUGUAGAGGGGAACAUAGCUGGGCAGCCACAUUCCGGUCAGGUUAGAUUAGGUCAGCCUUUCAGGAUACUACUUUCACCUAGUUGCUUUAUAAGGCACAUAUGCAAAAUUCGAUUCUUCCAUUGUGUUCACUAUAUUCCGUUUGAGAUUCUGAGAGUGAGAUUAGUACCUCACACCAAAGCCAGUGGGCACUAUUUUAAGUAUGCAAACGGCAUUGUGUUUGCAUUUUAUCUUGUUAGAUGACAUUCAAGACAAAACCUUAUUAUAAAGACUAUAAUGUGUUAACUAACAUUUGCUUGUAACUCAAUUUGUUCAUGUAUUUGUACCUGAGAGCUUAUUCAUAACUGACUUCUGGCUCUUUCAGUUUGUAUCAUAAAACAAGGGGAACUUAUUCUUUUACUGUCCUUGCAGUGUAUUUUUUUUUCAGUUUUUCAGUGAAUUCUAUUAUAGGUGAGAUGUGUAAGAUGGUCCAUUAUUGGAAUUUUGUGCCAAAAAAUACCAGCUCUGAGAUAUGACAGGUACCAAUGAGUACUUCAGGAAGGUGGCAUCUAAAUUUGGAUUAAAGAUUUCUUUUGUUGAUUGUUCCAAAACGAAAUUGCUAGAGGCAGCAAUUACACCAGAAACCAAGCUUGUUUGGGUUGAAACCCUCACAAACCCCAGCCUGAAGAUGAUUGACAUUGAAGCCUGUGCACGUAUUGUCCAUAAGCAUGGAGACAUUAUUUUGGUUGUGGAUAACACUUUUAUGUCAGCAUAUUUCCAGCGGCCUUUGGCUCUGGGAGCUGAUAUUUGUAUGUAUUCUGCAACAAAAUAUAUGAAUGGUAAGAUAUGUACAGUCUACACUUUGGAUAUUCUUUUCCAUGGAUUGGAGAAAAUAAGCAUAGGGCUUGACAUUUUGAUCUCUUUUCUUCUACUGUUACGUGACUCAUGUAAAAAGUUAAAAAAGUUACACUUGAUUAAAUGUAAGAUUUUAUUUAUCUUAAACAAAACUAUGCUCAUGAUUUAUGAGAAGAGGAUUAAAAUUUACUAUAAAAGAUUGUGCUUUUGUCCUGCUGACAUCUGAAAAAGAAAUAUUUAGUUUUCAUAUCAUUUUUGUUUU